CGAAACACCCGCAUCUCUAUCUGUUAUAAGCCGAUCUCUCACAAAUCUCAUUUUCGAACCAGAUCCUUUCAGUAAUUUCUCUCUUAUAUAUAAGAAUUCAAAUAAAACCUAUAUAAACAGCUCUUUUCAAACAUUUCUCUCUUUCUUCUCUCAAAAUUCCCUCCAUUUUGUAGCUUUAUUGUUCGUUAUUUCAUAAUUUUUUUAAUGAAAAAUAAUGAAUUUGUUCAAAUUUGUAUCAAACGGUGAUCUGUUUUUGUUUUUUGUGAUUUCAUUCAUUUCCUUCUAAGUUUCGUGUUUACCCUUUGAAAACUUCAUAUUUUGUUUUAGGGUUCAGUUUUAUUAGACUUGUGUGAAUUUCGAUCUGCUUUUUUCCCUCGGUGUUUCUAAGAGGAAGCCCAUAGUCUUUUUGGAGGAUUUUUUUUUUGGGUGAGGAACAAAAAAGCGAUGGCAGAACAAGGUGGCUUGGAAGGGAGCCAACCAGUGGAUCUUUCCAAGCACCCAUCUGGCAUUGUUCCCACUCUUCAGAACAUUGUAUCAACUGUGAACUUAGAAUGCAAGUUGGAUCUUAAGCAAAUUGCACUUCAAGCUCGAAAUGCAGAAUAUAAUCCUAAGCGUUUUGCUGCUGUCAUUAUGAGAAUCAGGGAGCCAAAAACUACAGCUUUGAUUUUUGCCUCUGGAAAGAUGGUUUGCACUGGUGCUAAAAGUGAACAGCAAUCUAAACUGGCUGCAAGGAAGUAUGCCCGGAUUAUCCAAAAGCUUGGUUUUCCUGCUAAGUUUAAGCAGGACUUCAAAAUUCAGAACAUUGUUGGGUCCUGUGAUGUCAAAUUUCCCAUCAGACUUGAAGGUCUUGCAUACUCCCAUGGUGCCUUUUCAAGUUAUGAACCUGAACUCUUUCCAGGCCUCAUCUAUCGUAUGAAACAACCGAAGAUUGUGCUUCUCAUUUUCGUGUCAGGGAAGAUUGUGAUCACUGGAGCCAAGGUUAGAGAUGAAACAUACACAGCCUUUGAGAAUAUAUAUCCAGUCCUUACAGAAUUUCGGAAGAACCAACAAUGAUAUACCUUCGGAUGGGACUUUGAUUUGAUUUGGUUAUCAGCCAUGGUGCAUGGAGUUGGAUUCGUAAGUGUAAAUAUAUAAAGAAUGGGGAGGCUGCUUAAAUGGAUGGUAAUAGCCUUCAUCUAAGCAGUAAUGUAGGACAUUUUGGUUUUAGUGAUUAAAAUUUUGAUCCUUUAUCUUAGUCUUAGGAAACUUUGGGUACCUUGUAUAUGCUAUAAUGUAUAAUUGUUAACAUAUUGCAAUUUUGGAUAUUAUAUUAACCAAGUUAAAA